AUGACCAACCAGACAAUGACCGGGCUCUGUCCCUCCCCGUUUCUCCAGGAGACCCUGUUCCCAUCUCACGGUGGAUUCAUCGACGGAAGAUUUUGCCAGGCCAUUUCCACCACCCAUGGGAACGUCUCCUGCUGUCUACCAUGCCCGCUGGCAGCAUGGACGUAUGGUGAUGAGUUGAUCUCCCAAACCAAGGUCGCGAGCUGGCUCGGGGUCGCAGUACUACCUCUGUGUAUAUUCCUCCUUGUAUCAUACGCCGUUCUUCCCGCGAAGUGGACGCAUCGUCAUUACCUGAGCAUCUGCUUCACGCUGGGGAUCCUGUUUAUGGAGGUCGCUUUUAUUAUCCCUCUCGGGGUAGAGCCUAAGCAAUGCUACAACCAGAUCACACCCAAUGAUAUGCACACUGACUUAUCCUGUGCCUUUACCGGGUCCAUGCUUCUAUUCGGAGGCUGGGUGACGGUGGUAUUCAGUUUCAUCCGCACCUUGGCUUUCCACCUCCAAGUCUGCUGGGAGGUCGUGCUUGGUCAGAAAUUCAUGUGGGCAGCUUUGGUCCUCGGAUGGGGCAUCCCGGUCAUUGGGCUGGCCGUGAUGCUGAUCCUCACAGGGGUGUCCUACCGGUUCGGUACUGUGUGUCAUAUCAACAUCCACGAGAGUAACCAUGACUACUGGGCCCCCGUCAUGGCUUUUGCCGUCGUCGCAUUGAUCCUGCAGCUGGUCACCAUGGCGUACUGCAUUUACAUCUACGUCAAAUCUGUCUUCGACCAGGCGGCAACGACCAACAGCUCGGGCAUUCCCUCUUACUCUUCCAGCGUCAAAACCAUGACCGCCCGUCAAGCAUACCGUCGGGUCCGCCGUGUUCUCCAGCUCCAGUGGCGCGGAGUCAGCCUGGUCCUGAUCAUAAUCGGGAAUGUCAUCUUCUUCGCCGUUGUCUUCAUCAACAUGGACAACCAGCUGGCCCCCACGACCGCGAACGCAGACCGGGCCGCCCCGUGGCUAGCCUGCCUCGUUCUGACACAAGGCGAGCGAAAAGAGUGCCUGACCUUCGCCAAAUCCAUCGUGCCCAACCGAGCCACCCUCCUCGCCGUACUCAUCCUCCUCGCGCUGGUCGGCUUCUGGAACUUCGUCCUCUUCGCACGCCCAUCCAUCUUCAUCGGCUGGGCGGAAUUCUUCAAAUCCCGCAUGGGUAAGCCCAGCGAAUUCGUUUCUGUGGACGCGCGACGAACCCCCGACUCGCGCGCAUACGAAAUGCUCAGCAACAACGGCGGGCUACCCCCCUACAACAUGAAGGAGCCGGAACCGAUAGUCCGGACCCCCAGCGCCGCACGGACCCUGGGAACUAAGACCCCCGACGGGGGCUACGGCCGCGAGGCUCGCUACGUGCGCCCAUCGAUGAGUUUCUCCUCGCCACAGCCGCCACCCAAUGUGUCGCAAGGCGCGGCACGCGAAUGGGAUCCGGAGGCGACGUUCGCCAGGGGGCAUUCCUCGUCGGGAUCGCAAUAA